AUGGCAGAUACGGACUUGAUUGCUUGCGUAUACCCGUGGCAUUAUGAAGAUAUGCAUCAUGCAGUGAAUGCGAUGGAGCGGAAAGAGAACCUGCCGAGAUAUGUCCCUGGGCUCAAGAAGAAGCAGGAACGCCCAAGGGACCGUCGCGGCAGGGGAUCGACAGAGGAGCCGGAGCCACGCGGAGACGACAAAACUAAUCCCCGCGCACGCCUUGAGCUGAGAUUCAGCCAUAGCCCCAAGACUUCGGCUGGUUUUAUCUUUGGGUGCGACGAGGACUGCGAUAUUGUCUUGCCCAGUCUCCGCGGUGUGAGCUCCUAUCACUUCGCGCUGACGUUCGACGACUACAACCGCCCCAUCGUCAGAGACAUCGGCUCGUUCAUCGGAACUCAGGUCACAUACAACAAUGAUGGAAAGGGCACGCGACGAGAAUUUUCCUGGAUCGUCGGCGGCCAUCCUGUUCCUGGGGAGGAGACUCCAAUCGUCGUCGAGAUCAAUGAAAGCCUCAAGUUUCAGCUCGCCAUAUCGUCCCACGACAUGGAUUCACAGUCAUACAAGGACAACAUUAAGAGAUUCAGACGAGGAUCAUCAGGUUAUGAAGACCUGUUCACCCGGCUCAAAAUGCGUCCGGAGACAGAACGCCCCACAGGGACGCACACCCCUGGUAGUGGUCCAAUCUUCCUCAGGAAGAAGGUUGGCGAAGGCAGCUUUGGAGUCGUGACUCAUUUCUGGAACGUCAGUACAGCAGAAGAGUAUGCCCUGAAACAGCCGUCCAAUGAGGCUAUUAGGAAGAACGAGGUCAACUUGGACGAUUGGAAGAGAGAGGCCAAGAUCAUGGGCCGAAUUCGCCAUGAUCAUAUCGUUCAGCUUCUGUGGAAAGUGGAAACCCCAUGGCCACAACUCGGCCUUGAAUAUGUCCCUGGCGGGUCUCUUGUGGACCAGAAUGGCUUAUCUAGAGGAGAGUGUAUUCAAGUCCUGUUUCAGCUCCUAUCUGCGCUGGUUUACCUACACGGACUCAAGGUGCCCAUUCUCCACCGAGACAUCAAACCGGCAAACACCCUUGUUCAAUAUCGGUAUGCCGGCAACAUUUACGUCAAGUUUGGAGAUUUCGGUGUGUCAGGAGAAGAGAGAGAGAGCGGCCAAUGGAAAACAACCUGCGGCACAAGGAGAUAUUCUGCGCCAGAAAUGUUUGAGAUUAACAGGUUGCGCCAGCGUGGCGUACAGGGACGGAUGCGGUAUACCGCCGUUGUUGAUGUAUGGUCUCUUGGCGUUGUCAUAUUCGAACUCCUCUGGGGCAUCCCACGAUACAAGGCAAAGUAUAUAUAUGAAGGAACGCUCUGGGCCGAGAAGAUCCUUGGAAAACUGGGGGAGGAUCUGAGAAGGAGUCCCAAUGACGUAUUACUCCAGUUCUUGUCGAGCACGAUGCUCGUUCUGGAACCGACAUCACGAUACACAGCCCAGAUGUGUUAUGAUAAGGCGCUGGAUCUAUUCGGUGAAACAGAUGUCACGCUUGAGACAUCGAUGCCGGCGCCUUGGACGGAAGCCCGGCAGACAACACUACCGCACGAUAAUCCGCAGACUGUGGUAUACCAAGGCGCAGGGGUACCUCAACAAGCCCAUUGCACAGAAGAUGAUCAAUUUGGCACAACAGAGAUCGAGAAGUAUAUCAUCCGGUCAAGCCGCCCCAGUGGCUCAGUCAGCACCGGGGAUGUCGUAAGACAGGGUGCUAGAUCGAAUAAUCCACCCCCGUCGUCUCGACGACAGAACUCGAACCGUGUCUCGAAAUCAUCAGUCGCCACACGUUCGAGGCGGGCGGGCCAUGCUCCCGAAGCCGUUUCCCGAGCCAGUGAGGACGAAAUUGACCCAGAGAUUGGCUUUUAUAUUCAAGACCCUGUCAACUCGCUGUGUCUCGGCUCAUCGAUUUCCGCCCUAGGGCAUGAGAUUCCAUCUAGCUGGGAUGAGUCUGUCUGGGAUAACUUAACCCCGAGGCCACCAAGUCGUGAACCCAGUCUUGUGGUGGCCGGGGCCGGCUAUACACAAACCGAGUAUCCAGUGAGCACUGGCCCAUACCAAAGUAUUGGACAACCCUGGUCGGGAUUGGAGCUUGCUGGAGGACAAUCUUGGGGGGUUGAACAACCUUCUCCAGCCGUUCAGGGAGGCCAUGACGACGAUGAGGUUUCAGCAGCGGCAUUGCUUAGAGCAUUCCAGAGCGGCGGUUAA